CACGGGAGGAAAAUGCUCCCCAUCCUCACCCCAUGGGGAGGAAUAUUCCUCCCCGCCUCGUCUACAUGACGAGAAUCCUCACAGGACCCGCGGGAAUGGGGGAAAUUGCCAUCCCUAGCUCUGGGGCAUCUCCCCCCACCACUGGCUUCUUGCUUGUCUCUCACGAGCACCCACCAUGGCUAUUUAUCGCCGUAGGAGACCUUCAAUUCUUGCCGCUAGAUUCUGAUGGCUGCGAUGAACCCAGCCUACUGGAUCUUGUCGGAACCCAGCCUGCUGGGUCUCAUCGGAACCCAGCCUUGCUGGGUUUGGGGAGACCUAGCCUUGCUGGGUUCGGGGAGACCCAACCAAGCUGGGUUCGACAAAACCCAGAUCUACUGGGUUCAAUGGAACCAAGCAAGGUUGGGUCUCGUCGAACCCAGCUUGGCUAGGUCUCCCUUGCUGGGUUCGUCAAGACCCAGCAGGUUGGGUUAAACGAACCCAGCCUGGCUAGGUUUCCCCGAACCCAGCCAGGCUGGGUUCCGACGAACCUUGCUGGGUCUCGUCGAACUCAGCCUUGCUGGGUUUCCCUGAACCCAGCUGCUGGGUUCGACGAGACCCAGCUGGGUUCCGAUUUGCUGUUUCGAUGCUGGAUUCAUGUUUUUUCAUUCUUCUUUUGAUUUUCAUUUCCAGUUGUUAAUAAAUUUGAGAGUUGAUU